GCUGAUAAGAGGGCAGGCAGGCUGUUUCUCUUUGCCUAGUCCUCUCUCUCUGACGCUUCCCUCUCUCCCGGUAGUACAUCUGUCUGUCCGUGUCUUGUCUUGCCUCCUCCUGUCUCACAUGCUUGCUCUGCUACUCCUCGAUUGCUCAGUCUGCCCUGCAGCCUCUUCAUAGACGGGCUGAUUAUCCUCCCUUCUUCCUCACCUCUCCCUAGUACUUAUGAUGAUCUUUCGCUCCUCGUCCUACCUUGGUCGCUUAUCCCUUCUCUGUAGACCUCUUCCACCCCAGACCAGAGCCAGUCAUGUCUGUCCUCUGCUCUCCCCUUUGUAGGCCCUCCUUACUGUCCUCUUGACUUGCCUAGUUCCUCGGUUCCUUUUCCCUCUUUUUCUACAUUUACUGCCAUCCGUCUCCUCUGCCACCCCUCAAGCUGAAUGUGACGGCCUCACCACCAGCCCCAUCUUGAACCUCGGCCUCGGGAUGUCGGCCCUACAGAAGUUGGAGAACUUUGCUUCGCGGGUCUUCAGCCGUGGCCCCCGUAGUCCAGCUCCGGGGAGGGAGCCGGGGCCUCCUGCCAGUCCUCCAGCGCCCAGCCUGCCCAGCAACGUGCUAAGCUGGGAUCGGGAGAUGAAAGAAUUCUUAGCCAAAGCAAAGGAGGACUUUUUGAAGAAAUGGGAAAACCCAGCACAGAACACGGCUCAUUUGGACCAGUUUGAACGCAUUAAGACUCUGGGCACCGGCUCGUUUGGACGAGUGAUGCUCGUCAGACAUAAGGAGAAUGGGAAUCACUAUGCGAUGAAGAUCCUGGACAAGCAGAAGGUGGUGAAAUUGAAGCAGAUCGAGCACACGCUGAAUGAGAAGCGGAUCCUACAGGCUGUUAAUUUCCCUUUUCUUGUUCGCUUGGACUAUUCAUUCAAGGACAACACUAACCUGUACAUGGUUAUGGAAUAUGUAGCAGGGGGCGAGAUGUUUUCUCACUUGCGCCGGAUCGGACGCUUCAGUGAACCUCACGCCCGAUUCUAUGCAUCUCAGAUUGUAUUAACCUUCGAGUACCUGCACUCCUUGGAUCUAAUCUAUAGAGACCUGAAGCCAGAAAACCUGCUCAUAGACCAGCAAGGUUACAUACAGGUGACAGAUUUUGGUUUUGCCAAGAGAGUCAAGGGAAGAACUUGGACUCUGUGUGGGACCCCGGAGUACCUGGCUCCUGAAAUCAUUCUCAGCAAGGGGUACAAUAAAGCCGUGGACUGGUGGGCGCUCGGUGUCUUGAUUUAUGAGAUGGCUGCAGGUUACCCUCCAUUCUUUGCAGAUCAGCCGAUUCAGAUCUAUGAAAAGAUUGUAUCUGGGAAGGUACGCUUCCCUUCCCACUUCAGCUCUGACCUGAAGGAUCUCCUCAGAAACCUUUUGCAGGUUGACCUUACCAAACGAUUUGGGAAUCUGAAGAAUGGGGUGAACGACAUCAAGGGCCAUAAAUGGUUCAGCACCACGGACUGGAUUGCAGUCUAUCAAAAGAAGGUGGAGGCGCCUUUCAUACCCAAAUGCAAAGGGCCAGGCGACACAAGUAAUUUUGAUGACUACGAAGAGGAAGAGAUCAGAAUCUCCAUUACAGAUAAAUGCUCCAAAGAAUUCUCCGAGUUCUGAAGAGCACGCUGGUAGCAGGAGCCAUUACUCAAGACUUCCCGUGAUCAAGUGAAGGCCGAUGGAGAGAACGCCACUGACCGGCACACAAACUUCUCCUUCCCUUUUCACGCUCCCCACCUCUCUAGCUUUUUAUUAGUGGUGCAGAUUCAACUCGGAGGCCAUCUUCUUUUAUCCUGGAUCUGGUGGUGCUGGUUUCGAUUGGUCCUGGAAAUAAACUCCAUUCUCUGUCAUCUGCCCCACCA